AGUUCCAGAUUGAUUUCGCAUUAUGCCGACGAUAUCUGUGAAGCGCGAUGCCUUAAUGCGUGCCCUGGAAUGUGAUUACAGCGAGAAAGAAUUCGAAGAGCUGUGUUUUCAGUUCGGAAUCGAAAUCGAUGAAGUCGUCACCAAUGAGUCUGCUUCUGGCGACUCCUCUGAAGUUGAAUACAAGAUCGAAGUAUCAGCGAACAGAUACGAUCUUCUCAGUUUUGAAGGCCUUGUUGCUGCGUUGCGGACUUUCCUGAGCAAAUCAGGAAUCCCGGAGUACGUUAAAACGGAGCCAGCUCAGAUGAUCGAAACCCGAGUGAAAACCAGUGUCGGAGAAGUUCGGCCUUUCGUUGUCACGGCCGUAGUCCGAGGGGUUACAUUGACCGAAGAUUCUUACAACAGCAUCAUUGACUUACAAGAAAAGCUGCAUCACAACCUGUGUCGAAAACGAGCCUUGGUCGCCAUUGGAAUCCAUGACUUGGAUACCAUCCAAGCGCCGUUUGUGUACGAAGCUAAGCAUCCUGAGGAAAUCAAGUUCAAGCCCUUGAAUCAGGUCUUAACCCGUGAAUAUACUGCAGCCGAGCUGAUGGAACUGUAUGCUACCGAUUCCCACUUGAAGCCCUACUUGCCGAUUAUCAAAGAUAAGCCGAAGUACCCGGUGAUCACGGACUCUCGUGGGACCGUCCUUUCUUUGCCACCCAUAAUCAACGGAGAUGCUUCGAAACUGACACUGAAAACCAAAGAUUUUUUCAUCGAAUGCACAGCAACGCUACUUUCGAGAGCAGUGAUAGUUCUGGACACGAUCGUCACCAUGUUGUCGACUCAUGCCGACCCGAAGUUCCACGUGGAAAGCACGAAAGUCAUAUACGAAGAAGAUGGGCGAAGCAUUGUGUACCCGAGUUUAGCGUAUCGCACUGAGAUAAUAGACUUGAAGGAAGCCUGCGAAGUCGUUGGCUUACCGCUGUUCCAAAAAAUCGAAGCAAAGCUGUCCUUCGAACGUAUGGGUUUUCGGUGCAAUUACAAGCCCGUGGUGGGAACGGAAGUGGAAGUUGUUGUCCCACCUACUCGACACGACAUCAUUCAUGCCUACGAUCUGUAUGAAGAACUGGCCGUUUCUUACGGCUAUGACAACAUUGAGCAAACUAUGCCUAAGGAGUACGUGAUAGCUGAGCAGUUCAACCUGAACGUCUUGACUGAUAAAUUGCGGGAUCAGGUGGCCCAAGCAGGGUUUACUGAAGCUGCCACUUUCACCCUGUGUUCUCUGGAAGAUUUGGCUAGCAAGGUGCGAUUGGAAGACAAUCAAGUGGAUCCUGUGACGAUAGCUAAUCCGAAAACCCAAGACUUUCAAGUUUGCCGGACUUCCCUAAUGCCGGGGCUUCUGCGAACACUGGCUGCCAAUAAGAAAAUGCCGAUUCCACUCAGGAUCUUCGAGAUAGCCGACGUGAUUUUGAAGGAUAGUUCGAUCGAUGUCGGCGCGAGGAAUGAACGACGUUUGUGCGCUCUCCAUUGUGGCAAGACCCCUGGUUUCGAGGUUGUACACGGGCUGCUGGACCGUGUGAUGCAAGUGCUUAGCAUUCCAUGGACCAAAGAUCCAAAGGGAUACUUUCUUCAGCCUCUUUCACAUCCGACUUUCUUGGAAGGACACUGCGCAGAAAUCAUUGCAAAAGGGAAAUCUGUUGGACGUGUCGGCGUUUUGCAUCCCGAAGUCAUUCUGAAAUUUGAUCUGUCUUUGCCCUGCGCAGUCGUUGAAAUCAACAUUGAACCUUUCCUUUGAUUUUAAUAUCUGCGACCGGAAAUUAAACGUCGUUAGUGUGCACGAA